AAAAAUAUUUAAUAGUAAUAAUGUCGAAUCUGCUUCGUCAUCUGUGAGGCAUUAAAAAUAUAGUUAGAAAUUUUACAUCUGAUUAAAGGUCAACUUCUUUUCUAUUACCUGUUAUUCAAUCUUUAUUCUGUAUCAUCUUUAUUCUAUAUCAUCUCUAUUCUCUAAUAUAGUAGAAUCUGUCAAAUUAAUAAAGAUGAGUUUAAAAGAAAAAGUAUAUGUAAUUGGUGUUGGGAUGACCAAAUUUGAAAAACCUGGAAAGCAAGAUGGACUGGAUUAUCCAGAAUUGGGAAAAGAAGCGUUAAAUAAUGCUUUGAAAGAUGCAAAUGUUCCAUAUAGCGAUAUAAAAGCCGCUUGCGUUGGAUAUGUUUAUGGAGAUUCAACUUGUGGUCAAAGAGUUAUAUAUGAAGUAGGAUUGAGCGGUUGUCCUGUUUAUAAUGUAAAUAACAAUUGUUCAACUGGAUCAACUGCAUUAAUUCUGGCUAAACAAAUAAUUGAAAGUGGAAAUGCCAAUUGUGCUUUAGCUCUCGGUUUUGAAAAAAUGGACCGAGGUUCAUUGACAAGCAAAUUUUUAGAUCGUACAAAUCCAAUGGACAAACAUGUAGAACUAAUGGCUGAUAUUUCUGGAAUAAAUGAACGACCAAUUACUGCACAAAUGUUUGGUAAUGCUGGUAUUGAACACAUGAAGAAAUAUGGAACAAAACCUGAACAUUUUGCAAAAAUUGCUUAUAAAAAUCAUUUACAUUCUGUAAACAAUCCAUAUUCUCAGUUUCAAGAAAAGUAUACUUUAGAACAAAUAAUGAAGUCCCCAAAUGUAUUUGGACCUCUUACAAAACUUCAAUGUUGUCCAACUUCUGAUGGUGCAGCAGCUGCUAUUUUAGCCAAUGAAGAUUUUGUUCAUAAACAUGGCUUGGAAUCACAAGCAGUAGAAAUUGUAGGAAUGGAAAUGUCUACAGAUUUGCCAUCUACAUUCUCAGAGCGCAGUUGCAUUAAACUUAUUGGAUAUGAUAUGACAAAAAAUGCUGCGGAAAAAGUUUUCACAUUAACUAAGUAUAGACCAAUAGAUGUAGAUGUAAUAGAGUUGCAUGAUUGCUUUUCAACCAAUGAACUGAUCACUUAUGAAGCUUUAGGACUUUGUCCUCCAGGUCAUGGUGGACAACUUGUGGAUUCGGGAAAUAAUACAUAUGGUGGAAAGUAUGUCAUAAAUCCUAGCGGUGGUUUAAUCUCAAAAGGACAUCCUUUAGGUGCUACAGGUAUAGCACAAUGUGCAGAACUUUGUUGGCAACUCCGAGGACAAGCUGGAAAACGACAAGUGCCAGGAGCAAAAUUAGCAUUACAACAUAACAUAGGUUUAGGUGGUGCUGUCAUAGUUGCUUUAUAUAAAUUAGGUUUUCCUAAAAAUUCGACUAUUCCCGCAACAAAAGCCAUUACCCAACCUUCAGCAUCUUCCGGUGGUGUUACUCAGAACAAAACUGGCAGUGUUGAUCCAAAUAUUUUCAAAGCUAGUCCAUUUUUUAAAUUAUUCGAAGUUGCAAUGAAAGAAGAUAAAGAGGGGUUGAUAGAAAAAGCUCGUGGAAUUUAUGGAGUUAAAAUUAUAAAUGGACCUGGAGGUGCAGAAGGAUAUUGGGUAAUAAAUGCUAAAACAGGCAAGGGAUCAGUGGAAUUUAAUGGUAAAACCAAACCUGAUAUUAUAUUUACUCUCGAUGAUAAUGAUGUAAUUGAUUUUAUCUCAGGGAAAUUAAAUCCCCAGAAAGCAUUCUUUCAAGGUAAAGUAAAAAUUCAGGGUAAUAUGAGUCUUGCAAUGAAACUAAUUAAUUUACAAAAUCAUGCAAGCAAGAAAAUCGAAUUACUUCGCUCUCGGCUAUAAUUAUAUUUCUGAUGAAAAAAUUGAUAUAUUUUACAAUAAUUCCUUGGUUAUAU